AUGGAUAAACGAGAUUCUCACUGUCCCUACCUACUAUCUAGCGAAACCACUGCUAAGGGAACGAGCUUGGAAAAAUCCAAACUUCUUUGUGACAUAACAUUCCUCAAGUCAUGCCGAGACAACAAGGUCAUUCCUACAAAUUUUCGAUUGGAACACCCAGACGGUUCACCUUCAACCGUGAACAUCCUCGUAAAGUGCAGUCAUGCCUUAAUCCGGAAAACCAUCCACUACAUCAGACGAAAUCUCGAUACAACCAACUCGUCACUUUAUCAUCACUUUGGAAUUUUAACGCAUGCUAACAUCCAUCCUAUUAUCUGGGAUACUUAUCUUAGAAUCUCUAUCGAAAAGGCAGAUCAUAUAAGUGCAAAAAAGACCGAUACCCAGAAGAAAAAACUGUUUUUCCUACUUCAACACAAAUUCCCACCUGAACAAACAUCCAACCCCCCUGUCCUGAUACACAAUCUCUCCGAUACCCCCAUCGAUCAAACCACUCGAGAGCUUCUAUCUAAAGGAUUCAAUUUUUGUAUCAUCCCACACAAACUACCGACCGAAACUACUAUUACUCAGGUGGAAUCCGCCUUAUCGCACCUCCCCCCAACCGAAGCCGAGGAAACACGUCAGGACAUUGCCAGCACCCUAAGGAGAGUCAAACUUCCUCCAUCAAACAUCUCACGUUCUGAAAGAAUAUGCCUCAGAAAUCUCCAUAAUAACACCGAUAUCAUUGUCCUUCCAGCCGACAAGGGUGACGCAACGGUUAUUCUCAACACUUCUGACUACGUGGAGAAGAUGUCAUUCCUUCUGAAGUCUUCAGAAUACAAAACCACCCCGCAGGACCCUACAACCUAUCUAGAAAAGAAAACCAAAGCUCUCAUCACUGCCUCGAAGCUACCGAUAGAAAUCAGAAAAUCUCUCAUCCCAAGGGAAAAAUCUUCUCGAAUCCCUCGAAUCUACGGAUUGCCUAAAGUUCACAAACCGGACAUCCCUCUUCGUCCAAUCGUCAGUGCCUUUGGAUCCCCAACUCAUCAUCUUGCUAAAUACUAA